UGCUCUAUGGUAACCGCGUCCAACAGCUGUUUGAAGGAAGUGUCGCUCACGAAAUAAGAUUUUGAAAAUCGUCCACACACACGUGUUCACUAUUGAAGUGAUUUUUCAGGUUUUAACAAAUAAUGGAAGAAGACGUCGGCGCUAAAGCACCAGUGACUCGGUUGAGACACAGACUUUCAGUGGAGGCUGAAGAAGUGAAGUCACCUUCGGCACCCUCCACACCUAGCAAGAAAAGAGGGGGGAGACUUGCCGCAAAACCACAGCUGGAGUUGAUUGAUGAAAAUUCAUCUGAAAAUACACCAAGGAAACAAACUAGGAAGACUGCCGUCAAGGAAGUCAUAGAAGCGAAUGAAGAAAAAGUUUUAACUCCAUCCAGGCGUAGUACAAGAAUAAAGUCAAACACUAGCAUCAUCUCAGAAACACCCCAGAGCUUUGAUUCACCCAGGGCAAAACGAGCAGCUAGAAGAAAUUCUCAGAUUGGGAGUGAUAAUGAAGCACCUGUCACACCGGCAAGACAAAGUAGAAGGACAAGGAAGGAUUCCUCGACUAGUGUUGAUAAACAAGAAACUCCUGCAAAAAAUUCGGCACCUACUGUGGCCGAUCCCAUAGUUGAAGAAGUAGAAACUGACAGUAAAAAUUCAAGUACUGUUAAAACAAGUGAAAAGUCAGAAAUCACUCCCAAACGGAAGAGCCCUAGGUUACUGAAGAAAGAAAAACUGGGUGAUACUAUUGAAAAUGAAGAAAUACUGAAAGAAAAUGAUGUAAUUAAUACCAACAAAACAAAUGACAAAAAAAUAUCUGAUGAGAGUUUCCAGUUACUAAAUAAUUUGAAUGAACAGCCAGUAUAUAAGGCACAUUUGAACAAUAGUGCCUCAUCACUUGAUUUUAAAAAGACCACAAGAAAUAGGACCAAAACAUGGUCUACUUCUGAGAAUUUGCCAAUUGUAAAUUAUGAUAUAAAUAAAAAAAAUAAGAUGGUAAUUAAAGUAAAAGGGAAUGAUGAAAGCAUCAUUAAAAAACCUGAAAGUAACAAUAAUAUUUUAGAGGCAGAUAGUAGCACUAUUAAAACCGAUAAUGUUAUUGAAAAAAUUGACAAAAAUGUAUCUGUAAACAAAAAAACUGGUCUUUAUAUUGACAAUAAUUCUUCAAAUAUUUUAAAUGAGACAUCUAAUUCAGAAUUAUCACUUUCCAACAAAAUAAACAACGUAGAAAAUACGGACUUAAAUGAAACUCAAAAAAUAUUAAAAAAGGAUCCUGUAACAGCUGUACAAUCAUUCAUAUAUUAUGAUGAUUCCGAUUCAGAUAAAGGAAAGCCUAUUGUUAGCCAUAGGCAAAUUGAAAGUGAAGAUCAAUGUGUCCCUGUUGUGCCUGAAAUAAAUCCGAAAUCAAUUUUUAAUCAAAAUGAAAAUGAUAGGGUAUCUAAUGAUACCUGUGAACCUAUGGACAUAGAUGAAACUAUACCCAGCAAUGUAUCUUUGAUAAAUAGCUCUGACAGUAAACAGGUAAAGGAUUCAUUAGAUAAAUCACUAGAGAUAAAGUUGACUCCAAUAGAAUACACAUUUCAAAGUCCCAAUAAGUCGAAACAAGGAUCUACUUCAUUAUCAAUAUCACAAAACAAUGAAAAAACUAGUAAUGAAAACAAAAGCACCCUCAUAUUAUCUCAACUGAAAGAUGUAUCAACAACUGAUCAUAGUUUGGCUAAGUCACCUAAAACUACAGUAGAAUUUUUGUCAAACUCUGUUAAUGACAUGAAUAAAGAAAAAUAUGUUGCUAAAAAGGAUGACUACUUGACGAGCACACCGCUUCAACAGAAAAACUUGAAAAAAAUGGCCAUACAAAUCAAUACAUCAGUUAUUAAUAAUUCCAAUAACGGAAGUACAAAUUCUUCCUUAAUUAAGAAAUCUAAGAUAAAUGACUCCAAACAGUCUAACAAGUCUGGUGACGAUACAUCUUCUGAAGAAUCUGAAUCUGAACAUGAAUCUAAAGAAAAAAGUGAUUUUCUAGAUGAUGAAGCUGAAGAAGCAUGUGACGAUUAUGAAUCGGGGGAUAGUCAAAACGAAGAAGAAAGGCAAUACGAGAAAGAAAAUGAAAUAGUAGAAAAGGGUGAAACCUUGGAUUCUAGUGACGGUGUCUCUAAUGAUACAGAUUAUGAAAAAGAUUCCUUUGUGGUCAGUUCAGAUGAAGAAGACAACGACCUUCUCAGUGGUUCAGGUGAUGAUCUUACUAUGAGCGACAAUGAAUUAACUCAAAGCAAAAAAUCUAAGAAAAAGUUUGAUGAAAGAAAAGUGAAAGAGCAAAAGAAAGCCUCUCGAGAAAUGUUUGUAGCUCGCCAUAACAUUUCUAAUAAUAGUACAAAAUCUGAUGUCACCAAAGGAAAGAAAAAUAGACGACAACGAUUGAACUCUUCUACUUUAGAAUCAGAAGAAGAAAUUGUAGUGAAAUCUAAAAAGAGCAGAAGAAUGAAAUUAGAUUCUAGUCAAGAUAGCAGUACAGAGGAGAUGGAAACGAAUGCUGAAGUAGCUGAAGGUAAUACUAGCAUUACUGAGGAAAGUGAAAUAACACCUGUUGGCAAUGAAAGUUACAUGAAUAAAGAAGAUCCCUUGUCAACAAAUGUUAAAUCAGAGCCACAGACCCCAUUGAAAGAUAUGAACAUGAGUACUAUUCCCAUCCAUGACGACAUUGAAGAAAUUCGUCUGGACCAAAACAUGUCAAUAAUGGAAACGAAUGAAACCUCUGAUCCUUUGCAAGACGAAAGUGACGCUUCUUCUAUCAGUGAAAAUAUGGAAAUUACAUCAAAUUAUGAUUCUGUAUUGAAAGAGUUGAAUAAUAUGAAGGAAAAAAAGAUAAAAACUUUAGAUAUGUCUUUGAAUUUGAACAAAAAGACAAAACAAAGUGCUAAUCCUCCAAUUGUAGAUAACUUAAAUCUAACAAACACUAAAAAGUCAAAGACAACAAAGUGUGACUCAAGAGCCAAAACUACUAAUCAAGCUAAAGACACAGAAAAGAAUGCUGACUUUGAAGAAUCUUCUUCUGAUUCGAUUGAUCUACAGCUGUUGUUCUCUGAAGACAGUAGCGACGGUGUGAAGAAUGAUCAAAGUAAGACAAAACAGGAAACAGAAAAUUUCAUCCCACUUAAGAGAACUGAAGGAAAAACCAACAUUUUUGAAGGUAACACUGAGGAUAGUAAAGACCAAAACCAGGUUGUAGGCCCCCUUAUGAAUCAAUCUAACUCAGAAUCUUUAAAUAUCAGUUUGAAGAAGAAAAAGAAAAAUAGUAGUUCUCUUACUGAUAAUAUUACAAGUGAAAAAUCGAAAAUUUCUUUGAAUACCAAUGGUGAAGUAUCUAUGAAUUCUGUAUUGCAAAUCUCCAAGAAGAAGAAAAAUAAAAAUAGCAUAUAUAAUAUGGAUUGCUUGAAUGAUGAGACAAAUAAUAGUGAUGUGCAAGAACAGCUAAAUGAGAAGGAAUCUAAUCAAAACACAUCUUUGAACACCAAUGAUAAGAAAAAAAAGAAAAACAGUUUGUCUUUGACUGAGAAAACAAAUCAAAGUAAUCAAGGUGAAACAGUUAUACAAACUGAAACCGUAUUUGAUGCAUCUAAUGUUCAAAAUAAUUGUUCUAAGAAAAAUAAACAUAGUAUAUCAUUAGGUGCUGAGACUGAGAAUGAAAAUAAUGAAAUAAAUCAAAACUUAUCCAUAAAUAACUCGUUGGACACGAGUUCGAAGAAAAAGAAGAAAAAACACAGCAUAUCUGAAGAUACUAUGAAGAAUCAAGAUCAGGAAGUAAUGAAUAUACCCUUGGAUAAAAACUAUCACGAUAAUUCUAUGAAUAGUACAUUAAAUACAAGUACCAAGAAGAAAAAGAAAACCAGUAUAUCUAUCAGUGAAGAUAAAACAGAUAAAAAUACUGAUACAAGUAGUACACUGAAUAAUAGUUCUAAGAAAAAGAAGAAAAAUAGUAUUUCAAUUAGAGAUGAUGAAAUUGAUUUUGGAAAUAAAUCAAUUGAAGUUAUUAAUAUCGAAGGUAACUCCAGUACAUCUACUGAUCUAAAUGAAGUUCUAACUGAGAGUUCAAAAAAAAAGAAAAAACAUAAUUCUUCACUUGUUUCUGGUUUCAAUUUGACAGCAUUAGAAGAUAUAGAAGAUGUUUAUGAUUCUUCUAAAACUUCCGCAAAGAAAAAGAAGAACAAAGCAGCUGCCUUGAAGACUACUGAUAAAGUUUCUCAAGAUGAUAGUGAUGCUCCUGAAGAAAUUCCUUACACAAGUCACAAAAAUUCAUCAGCUGGUGAUCUUUCAGGACACAUAUUCAUAGACACCGAAGGCAACCAAGAAUGGAAUACAUUGAUCUCUGGUGGCAGCUCAAAGAAGGACAAGAAAAAGAAAAGUGUUCAAGACACUGAACUUGAAAUUAAUGAUUACACCUCACUGGAAAAUAAUAGCGCAGAAACAACUACAUCGAAAAAGCGGAAAAGAAAAUCCUCUGCUACUUCUCAAGAAACAAUUACAGUUGAUCCUGACUCAAUCAAUGAACCGUCGAAUCGGGAAAAUAAAAGAAAGAAGCAAAAAAUAAGUCAAUCUGAAGACACUCAUGUCAGUCCUGUUGAAAUAAAAGAUGUAAAGAAAAAGAACAAGAAACGGAAAGAACGAGAUGAAGAUGACGAAAAUAAAUCAGCUAAGGUAUUUAAACAAAAUUCUGCCGAUAAAAUUAAUGUGCCACGUCUUCCUGCAACAAUUCUUAAUCUGUUGGAAGAUAAGCCAAAGAAGAACAUUCUCGAAUUAAAAAAAGCAAAAGUAGUUUCGACAAGUCAAUUCGUUGUAGAAGAGGCGAAGAAGAGAAAAAAUAAACCUUCCAACUAUCUUGAAGAAAGUGUAUACCUGAAUGAUUCUGUUGAAGGAAAAAAACAGAAAGGAUUCAUUAGAAAAAUUCCUAAAGUUUUGCCUUUUGUACCCACUGCUACCAUAUCUGGGAGUGGUUUUACUACAAAGUUCCAGGUCAACAUAUUGCAAAAAGAAACAAAAUUUGUAGCACAAACAAGCAAUUUGACUGGUUUCAAAAAUGACUAUUUAGGUGGUAAGAAAAUUAAAAAAGUAGGCACAUAUGAGUUGUACAAAUCUCAGAGAAACAGGAAGUUGUCUAAAUUCUAGAUUAUCCGUUUGAAUAGUAUUGUUGCCAUUUAGGAUAAGAUUUUUUUUUAUUCCGCCUUAUUAGUAUACUGUUCAAGGAUGUUACUAUUUUUUCUUGUUAUUUGGUAGAUUACUAAUAAUGUAUAUCACACAGAAUCCAUGAUGCAUCUAUCACCCUGUAAGCUAAUCAGCGGGCCUGAAUAGUUGACUCAUUUAUUCCGUUGGCUCAGUGACGGCAAAGUGGAUCUGCCUCGCAUAUAAUUUUGUCAAUAAAUUUCUUUAAAUUAUGUAUAUACCACUUCUGCGAAAUUGGUGGACAAUUAUUAUUAGUGUUUUACUUUUCUUGUUAUUUUCUAAUUUUCGAUUGAACUUAUUAAUUAUUCAAUAUAAGCAUUGUUAUUAUUUCAGUUCGAAAAGUCACUCACUCUACGUUGUUGACCAAGGCUUUGUAAAACAUUUUAGGUAACUACUAUGUUAUAAUACCAUCAAAUUUUAUUUU